UUAAAUUUGUAUUUAAAUUUAGAUUUUGCUCUGCUAAAGGCAGAGGACACAAAACAGAAAUAUGGAUGAGCCGGUUUCUGAAGAGAACAAUGAUAUGAGGUCUUAUGAGGUGGUCAUGGGGACUGAAGCUGCUCUUCCUGUAACACACAAAUUCAAAAGCGGUACCAUCUCUUGGAGUCCAGUACCUUGUGGCUUAUAUGGCAGGGCAACUGCUGCAAAUGUCAUCAAAAUGACCCCUGGGAUUGCAAGGUUUUCUGUGACAAGAAUAAGUGACACCAAAACAUGUUUUGAUCUGGUUAUGCCAGAUAUUUUUCAUAUUUUCCAGGCAACAACGUCCGUUCAGACCUUUUGAAUGAUAUGAAAAGUCUUCAGAUGUGAAAACAGAUACUAAAGCAAAAUCUGACAAGCUUGCUUCCAUCAGGGGUGACUCGUUGACAUGACUACCAGGCAGCUCAAUAUCAUGUUUGACAAUUUCUUUAUCGUCUUUGAGGAAAGUAUUGCCUUACAUAUAUACCUUACUUUUAGUAACAGUAAGAUAACUUGACAAGCUUUUUUAUAAGAAACAAAAAUCUCUUGAUGUUCAACUUACCUUUUGGGGGGGUUCAGUUUUUAUUUGCAUUUUAUAGCAUCCUGAUUUUGUCAUGGUUUACUUCUAUUUAUUUAUUUUUUUCAUUAUUUGUUAACCUCUGUUCUUAGCCUCAGGUGGAAUAGCUGGGCCAGCACCUUCCCUCUGAUCCGCCCCUGGGUGGAGCCUUCUGGCUCGCGUUGUUGUUCCCCCAGCUGUUUUCUAUGGCGUAAUCAAGAGCUAGGCUGUUGGGUGCCACAGUUCUAUGUCAGAUUGUCCUUGUCAACAUGGUGACCGUCAGGGCUCCUUGGUUCUGAGUAAUUUCCUGCACUUACCUUGUGUAAUCUGUAUUUUCUGCUCCUCCUCUAGCUGCCAGGAAACCUUUGAACUCCAAGUCAAACACUCCUGUGGACUGUGAGCACCUCCAGGCAGUUUUUCUUAUUUACUACCUGCAAGUGGAAUGACUUACAAGGUCUCCGCCUGCCUCCUGUUGACCAAGUACUCCUCUUGAGCUCCCCCAUGCCAUCUUUUUAUGUUAGACUGUUACAAUCAAUUACAAAUGCAGCAAUACUCAUUCCCACUUACCUGGUACUCCACUAAUAGUCACUCUCCUGUCUGACAGAGCUCCCAGUAGCAUGCCUGUUAACUCAACUACUCACUCAAAAGAACCUGCUUUUCCGUUUUCUAAUAAAGACGUGCAAACAUCUGCUUGACUCUGCUCACGGAGUCCAGUUUAUAACAAACUAUGCCUUUUUUGGAGUUGGUGUUGUACUUUUGCCCAUUUGGCAGAAAGCCCUGGAUGCAAACAAUCCUCCAUGAGUGGAAAGGCUGGAGUGCUCAAAUGGUGCACAGUUGUUUUGGUGACUCAAAUCCUUCCUGUUGAUUCAGGUUAGUCAUUUAAAAUAUGAAAGUAAGCAAGUGACAUUUUACAUAAAUGUUAUGUAUGGUAUUUAAAUGCAUGUUAAGCUUUGGUGGUUACAAUAACAUCUUAUUGUUGCAUAACGUGUGUUUGCCUAAACCGAAUGUUGAAUUUUUCCAUUUACGCAAGCAGCCUUCAUGUCAGCGUUUCCUUAUGCCUGCGAGAAUUUGGGCGGGCUGUAUUAGAAACCCUUGGAGCACCAAUUGCUUUUUUUACCCUCUUCCUAAACCAUAAGCCAUCUGUCUGCAUAAUUUAAGGUAGGAAUGUGUGUUCAUCAGUGGUUGAAGUUAAAAAAAAAAACCAUGUGUUACACAAUCUGUGAAUCAACUGUAUCGGUUACAAAAUCAGUUGCUUUUGCCACUUUUAACAUAAAGCAUUAGAAAAGUUGCGACAGUCAUGCAUGGGGAUUGUUAUUUUGGUCUCUUAUGAGGAACUUGUAUUUAAACAGCACUAUUGGAAAAAUACGCCUGCAACACCUUUAAACCUUUUAAAUAGGAACCACGCUUUAUCUUUGGAACAGAAACUUGUCUGACAGCAGUUUUUAUCCAUGCAUGAACCUGCAGCUGGCUGCUAUAGUGGUCACAUGACCUCUACUAUAAACCUGAGCACAAACCAAUGAGGCUACAUAAUUUCCAAUACACUCAAUGAUCAGAAAUGUUGCCAAAAACUCCACGCUGUCAGCAAAACCUUUAUGUUUGCCUCAGCAGUCAUGUUGCUUGACCGGCAUGUGCGGUACAGGAGUUGUCACAUGUAAAUCUGGGCAUUCCUCACUUCCCUGAACUGACUAUAUCCUGUUCUAACACGACUUAUAUAAGUCUGCUGCUUUCAUUAUCCACAGCUCUGACAGCUUUGUAAAAAAGACUGCUCUGCUGAACUAAGCUGGUGACCAAAAACAUGUUUAACACAGGAGUUUCGACCUAUCUGUGCCUUUUUUUUGCCUGCUGCUUCUGCUGCAGCAGAGCUAUGCCGACUAAACUCAGCAACGAGGCUGUGAAUGACAGAUCUGUGAUAGGUGUUUUAACUCAGGUUGUUACAGAUGAAAUUAUGAAACCAUUUGGGAGGACUUACAUACCUUCCUCUUACGUGAAAUACAUUGAGUCUGGGGGCAGCAGAGUGAUGCCUAUAAGAUUAACUCUGACUACAUCUGAAUAUGAGAACAUUUUCAGGAAGAUAAACGGGUUGAUUUUCAUCGGGGGAGCUGCAGAUUUGGAGACUUCAGACUUUGCCCGGGUGGCGAAGAUUUUUUACAGGCUCGCUCUGGCGGCUAAUGAUGCCGGGGACUACUUCCCUAUUUGGGGCACAUGCAUGGGAAUGCAGCUACUCACUGUGCUGGUGGCUGGUGAAAAUCUCCUGACAAAAACCCCAGCUGAGAACUUAGCAUUGCCCCUCAACUUAACCACAGAGGCGCAGUCCAGCCGGAUGUUCAAUACUUUCCCAGAUGAGCUCAUCAAUGCUUUGACCCAGGAACCUCUGACUGGCAAUUUUCACAACUAUGGAAUUACAAUAAAGGACUUCCAGGAAAAUGAGAUGCUACAGAGUUUCUUCACCAUCUUGUCAACAAACAUCGCUAAGAACGGAGCUCACUUUGUGUCAACUUUCGAAGGUAAAAGAUAUCCUUUCUACGGAGUUCAGUGGCACCCGGAGGUGAAUCGUUUUCAGUGGAACAGAAAGCUGAACUUCCCUCACUCCCGUCACGCUGUGCAGCUAUCGUCGGUGCUAGCUGAAUUUUUUGUCAGUGAAGCAAGGAGAAGUUUACAUCACUUUGACAGUCCUGCAGAAGAGGAAUCAUCACUGAUUUACAACUACUCACCUGUCUAUGUUGCAAACAUCACAGCAUAUGAGCAGGUCUACUUCUUCUGAGCUACUCCUGCAGCUGAAUGGAUCUCUGCACAUGUAAAUGUUUAUAUGCUCUAGUGUCUGUAGGACGCUUGCGAAGUCUGCUGGUUUUAAUACCAGAUAAUCAAAAGUGCAGUUUAAACCUUUGAGCUGAUUCAGAGUGUAUUUGUAUUUUACUAAGGAAGUAUUUUUGCUGGCAAUUAUGGCAUUACCGAUGCAGAACUAUUACUUUAAUGGGAAAAAUAACACAUUGAUGUGCUCGUUUGUAAAAGUGAAGUGAGACUAUCAACCCUGUAAAUGUGACUGUGUUUGAAGUAGAACAUCUGGAUAGAUUUUAGGACAACUAGGUCCACGUCUUUUGUACUUGGUGGUCAUUUAAUAAA